CCCCUCCACCCCCUCCCCUCCUCCUCCUCUUUCUCCAAAUGGAGAGAGUUCUUUUUUUUCUUCUUCCAUCUCAUCUAUUGAGUCAAGGAGCUGCUGCGGCCGCUGCCCGCUGCACACACACAGAGCAGAGUCCCCAGGUCCCGGGAGCGAGAGAGGCGCGCGGCGCGGGGGCAGAAUGGUCCAGCGGGUCGGUGAGGAGAACAAGAAAGCAGAGUCCGGGACCAAGCAGCCACCGCGAACCCAGCAGUCCGAGAACGAGCAGCCGUUUCAGAAGCCACCACCGCCAACCCCAGCCGCAGCAGCAGCGGGAGCAGCAGCAGCGGGAGCAGCAGCUGCCCCGGCCCGGCAUCGCUGAGACCCGCCGGGCACCGUCGCGUCGCCGGCAGCGGGCGCCGAGGGAGCCAGCGCGAGUGGCGGGGGUCUGCGCGCGCCUUCUGCCGUGAAGGGGUCGCGGCGUGGGGCGGGGACGUCUGGGGGGACUUGGGGACCGCUAGGCGUGCCCUGGAAGCGCCGGCUCUCGCCUUCCCGCGAGCUGGAUGUGGGCAGCGGCGGCCGCAGAGACCUCGGGACCCACGCGCAAUGUGGCAAUGGAAGGCGCAGGGUCUGAGUCCCCGGCAGCGGCCACGGCCGCAGCACCCGCAGCGCCCGCCGUGUGAGCGGCAGCAGCGGGUCUGUCACCCGGAGCCGGAGUCCCCGGCGGCCAGCAGCGUCCUCGCGAGCCGAGCGCCCAGGCGCGCCCGGAGCCCGCGGCGGCGGCGGCGGCGGCAACAUGGCCUCGGCUGGUAACGCCGCCGGGGCCCUGGGCAGGCAGGCCGGCGGCGGGAGGCGCAGACGGACCGGGGGACCGCACUGCGCCGCGCCGGACCGGGACUAUCUGCACCGGCCCAGCUACUGCGACGCCGCCUUCGCUCUGGAGCAGAUUUCCAAGGGGAAGGCUACUGGCCGGAAAGCACCGCUGUGGCUGAGAGCGAAGUUUCAGAGACUCUUAUUUAAACUGGGUUGUUACAUUCAAAAGAACUGCGGCAAAUUUUUGGUUGUGGGUCUCCUCAUAUUUGGGGCCUUCGCUGUAGGAUUAAAGGCAGCUAAUCUCGAGACCAAUGUGGAAGAGCUGUGGGUGGAAGUUGGUGGACGAGUGAGUCGAGAAUUAAAUUAUACCCGGCAGAAGAUAGGAGAAGAGGCUAUGUUUAAUCCUCAACUCAUGAUACAGACUCCAAAAGAAGAAGGCGCUAAUGUCCUAACCACAGAGGCUCUCCUGCAACACCUGGACUCAGCCCUGCAGGCCAGCCGUGUGCACGUCUACAUGUACAACAGGCAAUGGAAGUUGGAACAUUUGUGCUACAAGUCAGGGGAACUUAUCACAGAGACAGGUUACAUGGAUCAGAUAAUAGAAUACCUUUACCCUUGCUUAAUCAUUACACCUUUGGACUGCUUCUGGGAAGGGGCAAAGUUACAGUCGGGGACAGCAUACCUCCUAGGUAAGCCUCCUUUGCGGUGGACAAACUUUGACCCCUUGGAAUUCCUAGAAGAGUUAAAGAAAAUAAACUACCAAGUGGACAGCUGGGAGGAAAUGCUGAAUAAAGCUGAAGUUGGCCAUGGGUACAUGGACCGGCCCUGCCUCAACCCAGCCGACCCAGAUUGCCCUGCCACAGCCCCCAACAAAAAUUCAACCAAACCUCUUGAUGUGGCCCUUGUUUUGAAUGGUGGAUGUCAAGGUUUAUCCAGGAAGUAUAUGCAUUGGCAGGAGGAGUUGAUUGUGGGUGGCACAGUCAAGAAUGCCACUGGAAGACUGGUCAGUGCUCACGCCCUGCAGACCAUGUUCCAGUUAAUGACUCCCAAGCAAAUGUAUGAGCACUUUAGAGGCUACGAGUACGUCUCUCAUAUCAACUGGAAUGAGGAUAGGGCAGCAGCCAUCCUGGAGGCAUGGCAGAGGACGUAUGUGGAGGUGGUUCAUCAAAGCGUUGCCCCAAACUCCACUCAAAAGGUGCUUUCCUUCACCACCACAACCCUGGACGACAUCCUAAAAUCCUUCUCUGAUGUCAGCGUCAUCCGCGUGGCCAGUGGCUACCUCCUGAUGCUUGCCUAUGCCUGUUUAACCAUGCUGCGCUGGGACUGCUCCAAGUCCCAGGGUGCCGUGGGGCUGGCUGGCGUCCUGUUGGUUGCACUGUCCGUGGCUGCAGGAUUGGGCCUCUGCUCCUUGAUCGGGAUUUCCUUUAAUGCCGCGACAACUCAGGUUUUGCCAUUUCUUGCUCUUGGUGUUGGUGUGGACGAUGUCUUCCUCCUGGCACAUGCAUUCAGUGAAACAGGACAAAAUAAAAGGAUUCCAUUUGAGGACAGGACCGGGGAGUGCCUCAAGCGCACAGGAGCCAGCGUGGCCCUCACCUCCAUCAGCAAUGUCACCGCCUUCUUCAUGGCCGCACUAAUCCCUAUCCCUGCUCUGCGGGCGUUCUCCCUCCAGGCUGCCGUGGUAGUGGUGUUCAACUUUGCCAUGGUGCUGCUCAUUUUCCCUGCAAUUCUCAGUAUGGAUUUAUAUAGACGAGAGGACAGAAGACUGGAUAUUUUCUGCUGUUUCACAAGCCCCUGUGUCAGCAGGGUGAUUCAGGUGGAACCACAGGCCUACACAGAGCCUCACAGUAACACCCGUUACAGCCCCCCACCUCCUUACAGCAGCCAUAGCUUCGCCCACGAAACACACAUCACCAUGCAGUCCACUGUUCAGCUCCGCACAGAGUACGACCCUCAUACACAUGUGUACUACACUACCGCUGAGCCACGAUCCGAGAUCUCUGUACAGCCUGUCACCGUCACGCAGGACACCCUCAGCUGUCAGAGCCCCGAGAGCACCAGCUCCACCAGGGACCUGCUUUCCCAGUUUUCAGACUCCAGCCUUCACUGCCUCGAGCCCCCCUGCACCAAGUGGACGCUCUCUUCGUUUGCAGAGAAACACUAUGCUCCUUUCCUCUUGAAACCCAAAGCCAAGGUUGUGGUAAUCCUCCUUUUCCUGGGCUUGCUGGGGGUCAGUCUUUAUGGGACCACCCGAGUGAGAGACGGGCUGGACCUCACAGACAUUGUCCCUCGGGAAACCAGAGAAUAUGACUUCAUUGCUGCACAGUUCAAAUACUUUUCUUUCUACAACAUGUAUAUAGUCACCCAGAAAGCAGAUUACCCAAAUAUCCAACACCUACUUUAUGACCUUCAUAAGAGUUUCAGCAAUGUGAAGUAUGUCAUGCUGGAGGAGAACAAGCAACUUCCCCAAAUGUGGCUGCACUACUUCAGAGAUUGGCUCCAAGGACUUCAGGAUGCAUUUGACAGUGACUGGGAAACUGGGAGGAUCAUGCCCAACAAUUACAAAAAUGGCUCGGACGACGGGGUCCUCGCCUACAAACUCCUGGUGCAGACUGGCAGCCGAGACAAGCCCAUCGACAUUAGUCAGUUGACUAAACAGCGUCUGGUGGAUGCAGAUGGCAUCAUUAAUCCCAGCGCUUUCUACAUCUACCUGACGGCUUGGGUCAGCAACGACCCUGUAGCUUACGCUGCCUCCCAGGCCAACAUCCGGCCUCACCGACCAGAGUGGGUCCACGACAAAGCCGACUACAUGCCAGAGACCAGGCUGAGAAUUCCAGCAGCAGAGCCCAUCGAAUAUGCUCAGUUCCCUUUCUACCUCAACGGCCUGCGAGACACCUCAGACUUUGUGGAAGCCAUUGAAAAAGUGAGAAUCAUCUGUAACAACUACACGAGCUUGGGGCUGUCCAGCUACCCCAAUGGCUACCCCUUCCUGUUCUGGGAGCAGUACAUCAGCCUGCGCCACUGGCUGCUGCUGGCCAUCAGUGUGGUGCUGGCCUGCACGUUUCUGGUGUGUGCAGUCUUCCUGCUGAACCCCUGGACGGCUGGGAUCAUCGUCAUGGUCCUGGCUUUGAUGACAGUUGAGCUCUUUGGCAUGAUGGGCCUCAUUGGGAUCAAGCUGAGUGCUGUGCCUGUGGUCAUCCUGAUUGCAUCUGUCGGCAUCGGAGUGGAGUUCACCGUCCAUGUGGCUUUGGCCUUUCUGACAGCCAUUGGUGACAAGAACCACAGGGCCAUGCUUGCCCUGGAGCACAUGUUCGCUCCUGUUCUGGACGGUGCUGUGUCCACUCUGCUGGGCGUACUGAUGCUUGCAGGGUCCGAGUUUGAUUUCAUUGUCAGAUACUUCUUUGCUGUCCUGGCGAUCCUCACUGUCUUGGGGGUUCUCAACGGGCUGGUUUUGCUGCCCGUACUCUUGUCCUUCUUUGGACCGUGUCCUGAGGUGUCUCCAGCCAGUGGCCUGAACCGGUUGCCCACUCCUUCGCCUGAGCCGCCCCCAAGCGUCGUCCGGUUUGCAGUGCCUCCCGGACACACGAACAAUGGGUCUGAUUCCUCUGACUCAGAGUACAGCUCUCAGACCACAGUGUCUGGCAUCAGUGAGGAACUCAGGCACUAUGAGGCACAGCAGGGUUCCGGAGGUCCUGCCCACCAAGUGAUUGUGGAAGCCACAGAAAACCCCGUCUUUGCCCGGUCCACUGUGGUCCAUCCUGAAUUGAGACGGCACCCUCCCUUGAACUCUCGGCAGCAGCCCCACUCGGACUCUGGCUCCUUGUCCCCUGGACGGCAAGGCCAGCAGCCUCGAAGGGAUCCUCCCAGAGAAGGCUUGCGGCCACCCCCAUACAGACCGCGCAGAGACGCUUUUGAAAUUUCUACUGAAGGGCAUUCUGGCCCUAGCAAUAGGGACCGCUCAGGCCCCCGCGGGGCCCGUUCUCACAACCCUCGGAACCCAGCGUCCACUGCCAUGGGCAGCUCUGUGCCCAGCUACGGCCAGCCCAUCACCACUGUGACGGCUUCCGCUUCUGUGACUGUCGCUGUGCAUCCCCCACCUGGGCCUGGGCGUAACCCCCGAGGGGGUCCCUGUCCAGGCUAUGAGAGCUACCCUGAGACUGACCAUGGGGUGUUUGAGGAUCCCCAUGUGCCUUUUCAUGUCAGGUGCGAGAGGAGGGACUCGAAGGUGGAGGUCAUAGAACUACAGGACGUGGAGUGUGAGGAGAGGCCGUGGGGGAGCAGCUCCGACUGAGGGUAAUUAAAAUCUGAAGCAAAGAGGCCAAAGAUUGGAAAAACCCCACCCCCACCUCUUUCCAGAACUGACUGCUUGAAGAGAACUGCUUGGAAUUAUGGGAAAGCAGUUCAUUGUUACUGUAAUUGAUUGUAUUAUUUUGUGAAAUAUUUCUAUAAAUAUUUAAGAGGUGUACACAUGUAAUAUACAUGGAAAUGCUGUAAAGUCUAUGGCCUGGGGCCUCUCCACUCCUGCCCCAGAGUGGGGAGACCACAGGGCUCCUCCCCUGUGUACAUUGGUCUCUGUGCCACAACCAAGCUUAACUUAGUUUUUAAAAUCUCCCAGCAUAUGUCGCUGCUGCUUAAAUAUUGUAUAAUUUACUUGUAUAAUUCUAUGCAAAUAUUGCUUAUGUAAUAGGAUUAUUUGUAAAGGUUUCUGUUUAAAAUAUUUUAAAUUUGCAUAUCACAACCCUGUGGUAGGAUGAAAUGUUACUGUUAACUUUUGAACACGCUAUGCGUGAUAAUUGUUUAACGAGCAGACAUGAAGAAAACAGGUUAAUCCCAGUGGCUUCUCUAGGGGUAGUUUUGUGCAGUUUUUAUGGGUGUGUGUGUGUGAGUGUGUGAUUUCCCAGUGUACUGUACUGUGAUUUUUUGUUUUGUUCUUUUUUUUUUGUUUCUCUUUGCUUCGGGUGACCUUAGCUAUGGCCUAAAGUCCAGGUCUCUUUCUGUCUUGGUGCUGGUGGAAGGGUGGACCCGUCAUCUGCCUUAUUCUCUGGAAAUAUUCCAGAGAAGGAAACUUGGCUUCAUGCCUGCAGCAGCUCCUGAGGUCAUGAGUAGCCCUCCAGGGACUGCCCCUUGUGCUUCAAAGAGAAUACAUUCUCAUCAGUCAUAAUGUCAGGUGUCAGGGCCUCUGUAUGUGGAGCCAGCAGUCUUCAUUGGUGGUGAAUCUCAGCCGGGUUGUGAGAUUACACUCAAAGGAAGUGUGGUAUUGUACCUUUCUGAUGAGCAACACCUGGCACACAGCCUCCCAUCCCCAUAACCCAGAUACAGGCAGAAAAAUCUGUUUCAUUCAAGAUCUAUAUUCAAACCUUUACAAAUCCGAAUUCCUCUCGCUACAUUGACUGCCUGGUUGGGGUGUACUGAUGGUGCAGUCAGCUGUGUGGGAUGUGAGCUGCUGAAGACUCUUCAUGUGUUCUUGUCCUGUGCACACUCCAUUCCCUUCUCCACUGUUAGAAUUCAUCCAGUAUAAUGUCCAUGGAAGAGCAGGAAGGUGCCAUCCCAAAGAAGUAUAUAGAGGAAGCUCUUCGAACCAGGUGUUAGAUUUGAAAGUUUGAUCCUGUUCUCUUUCCCUGGCCAGAGACUAGUGGCGGGGAAGCAAUAUCCUCCCUUGUGAGUGAACACUGAGGACUUGUCUCAGAGGAAGGGAGCUAGUGCACGUGGGAGCUUCUGUGAGGAGUACAUUCUGCAAGCAACUUCCUUCAGUCCCUCCUGUCCUGUGUGGAAAUCUGUAACAGCAAUGGGCCCCUGGUAGUACCAGCAGUCUAGUGACCUCAGUCCGUAAAACUCAUCCCCAAACUGUAAGGUACUAAUUGGAAGCCACCUGUGGCUGCCGUGCGUACGUGCGCGCGCGCGCGCGCGCGUGUGUGUGUGUGUGUGUGUGUGUGUGUGUGUGCGUGUGCGCGUGCGCGUGCGCAUGUGCGUGUGCGUGUGUGAAUAUGCAGAGGCCCUGGACACCCACUGCUACUGUCUUAAUGCCUGUCAGGCUACUGUCUGCCUACCCAAAACCAGCUCUGCUCAGAUAGCUGGUGCCUGAGUUGAGAAGGGAGAUAGGAAACUGAAGCCGCCUCCCUGCAAUUCCUAGUUGUGUCUGUCACUCCUGAGCCUCGCUCGCUCGCGGCCUAGGGAAUUUGUACAGCCCUUUGGUUUCUGUACAUUGUGAAAUGCAUCAGCCAAGGCAGGAAGAACACAGAGCUGACAGGAGACUGCAGUCUUGGAGUGUGAGUGUUGUCUGUCUGUCUGUCUCAUCAUAGUUUUAUUUUGUCUGUAUUGUUUGUUUAUUUGGAUGUUUUAAUUUUUAAAAGAAAAGAUCUUUGCUGAUAUUUAUAAUUUUGUAUCAUAAGAAUGUCCUCCAGAAUUUGUCAUGCCAGUUUAUAACAACAAAAAAAAAUGCAGGGAUUUUAUUUCUAUUGGAAACACUAUUGCAGUUAUGUUUUACUUUUGAACAGAAGUUUUAUUUGUAUAGAGUGCUUACUAAUGUUAAAUAGUUCAGAGUAUAUAACAUUUACAUUAAGGACUCAUGGUAGGUUUUAGUGUACGGAGUUUAAAGGAAAUAAAUAUUCAAACUGGGUCUCGUCUGCCAAAUUGGGUGGAAAUGAGUUUGUGUCAUUUCAAUUACAGAGAUGAAAGUAUGCCAUAUAAUUUAUUUAUAUGAAAAUUUAUUUUUGUAGUGUACAUAGUAGUCAUCAAGUCUUUGGACAGAAGUAUAUUUUUAAAGAAUUUAUAUGUGAUGAAAUCCGUAAUGUCUGGAACUUUGCUGAGACAUGAGUAUGAGGACACUUUUCAUUGUAAAUGACAGCAGGAAGAGGAAACUUUUAACAGUGUUAAGAGAGUUCAAGUGAGCAGCUAUCCAUGUGAUUGGGAAGUGUUGACGUGAGCAUUGUGACCUGGUAUGGUUCUCAGAUGAAAAUGUACAAAACUCUCUAAAUAUUAAUGUUCAAACACUGAUAGAAAUUCUAACAUGAAUAAAGAUAAUAUAACUUGUUGGUUUA